AUGGAAGUGCAAAACCCAGAAGAACUUAUGAAAGUGUUACUCGAUAAUCCGUCGGCUAGAAGCCAGUUGAAUUCCUUUGUUGAGCAAGCAAUUGCGAAAAGUCACGUAAGUUAAGUGUGUUGUUUUUGUUGCGGGUUUGCUUGAUAAUUAAUUAAGAGGUUUCAUGACAACACUUAAUUGACAAAAAAAUUCUUCCCUUUUGUUUUCCUCUAGUCACCUGCACCGUCAAAAGUUGUACCACUGGUAAGUAAAAGCCAAAUGUUACAAUUUACUUAAACGCUAGCUUUUGGGGGAAAAAACUAUAUACUAGGACAUUUGUUGACGUCAGCUGCAUCUUUCAGAUGUAUAUUUCGACGGGACAUUUUACUUGAUUUUCACGCUAUGUAGUGUAUGGCAAAUCCACUUUUAAUAUAUCCUGUGAGCUACUUUUUUAAAAUAAACUCUGUAACUGAUCUGACUCAGAUGGGGGCACAAAUUUGAGCGCUUUUUGGAGCCGGGUAGGGCACUAAAAUCACUUGUUCAAAGUUCGGUCCUCUACAGUCUGCAACUGAAGUCCUUCUGUCAUUAUUUCAUAGAUUAAUAAAUGUUAUGAACUGAAAACCUUGUAUGACACAAAGAACUACAGUACAUACACAUUUUCAAAUUGACAUACAAAAAUCCAAUUAAUAAAUAAUUCAAUAAUUUGUGACAAAAUAAAUCUAUAAAACUUAUUAACCCUCGGACGUACAACGGUGGGGGGUUGGAUGCCACCCCCCUGCCCAUAAGGUUUUCUCCCAGAGGAUAUAACAUCAGCACCUGAUCUUUUCAGUAGCUAUUCGUUCAUCCCUCGCACAUAUUUUGAGUCAAGUUUAAUUUUUUGGUCAUGGUCCAUUUCUAUGGUUACGAGAUAUGACAUCAAGUAGGAGGUGGUCAAGCCAUUUUUGAGUGAAAGUACAUUUUUUUCCAACUUUUUCAAAAAUAACUAAAUCUUGUGGCCAAAAUCAUACAAAGUGCUUAAUUGUGUGUUAUUUUUCAUCUGAAGCACAAAAAAAUCACCAUUUCUCACAAUUUUAACCUGAUUUCUAAUCCUUGGUAAAAUCCAAGAUUGCAACCAAAGAUGGCAACCAUUGUUGGUGAUGUCACAGGCCCCCAGCAGCACCACCACCCAUAAAAUAUACCUCAUCUUGUAGAGAAGAUGAAAGGCUUUCCACCAAAGGUAAAAUAUCGUUACAAAAUACUGCAACAUAUCAAAAACUCUGGGGAUGGGUUCCAUCCACCCAGUCCCCCCCCCCCUUGUACCAUGGUGGGGGUAUGAAUUUGCUUGUACGUCCGAAGGUUAAUAUAAUAUCUUAUAUUCAUAUCAUUAUAAAAUGUAAUGAAACCAUAAAAAAUACUACCCUAAUUGCUUCAAAAAUAAUAAUAAAAAAGAUGAACAAGGUGCAUUUUUAUUUCAUAUAUUGGGUUUUGAGGCAAAUCUGAAUAAUAGGGGAAACAUAAUCUACCUAUAGAUCCACAUAUCGCAAAAAAUAUAUUAACCAUUUAAUUGACUCAGUGAUAUUUCCUUCCACUUAUAAUGAGCACAACAUAUAUUUAAUUAUGUGGCUGAGAUUUGUAAGACAGUGAGACCCUUCCAUAUUACAUGUUGACUUAAUUAUAAUUCAACAGAUAUGCUCUUGUUGAAAUAUUUCACAGGACAUUAUACGAGAUGCAUUUGAAUUUGAAUUCAAGGAUCAAAUUAAUCCAGGAGAAGGUAUAAUUAAACAACCUUAUUCUUCCUAUAAUUUAUUACCGGUAGAUAUAGUGGGAGGAAAUCAAAUGUAUAAUUGAAUCCUAAAAGAAUAUUUGCAUCUUAAAUGUUAGUUAAGAAGUCGGAUGUAAUGUAUGUGUUUAGUUUGAAAAUUGAAGUUGGGAACACGUAUUGUCCAUAUAUUAAAUUUAAUUUAUUAUCAGUUGAUGUUACUCGAGUGGGGUGUAUUGACUGUUUUAAAUUCUAUUUGUGCUAAUAAAAUGGCAAUAAUUUAAAAUUCGUAACAGUGCCUUGGUCAGAUGUUCAAGACUCUGUGAGAACUGAGAUGGUGGAGUAUGUAAGAGAGAUGAUGUCAUCAAGUGGUGUGUCAUUACCAACAAGAAGCAUUAUUGGAAAAAGGAUUAAAAGAUAUUAUAGGAGUCAAAGACACCAAGCUCAAAUUAAGGCAGACAAGGAGAAAAGAAGGAGACAGCGGUUUCUUAACAAAAGGAACCGUCUAACAAUGGUAGGAUUAUACUGUAUUUUUUAUUUUCAUACUCAAAUGGCUUAGAUGAGGGGAAAAUGAAUGGAGGGAUAUCGAGGUAGGGUGUUCAUGCCAGGACAAGUGAGGGACAGGAUUAAUGUAUUCUCCACUGCCUGGUUGUUUACAGCUGGCAGAUUAAGAUAAUUAACGCAGGGAUUAGUGAGAAAUUAAAUUUGAAUGAAUUCACAUAAAUAAAUGUAGGCUUAUUAAAGUGCCUAGCACAUGUACUUGUGUACACUACGUGUUACACUACGUGUGCUUGCGAAUUGACUAAUGAUUGUUGCAUCACUUGCAUGUGCAUUAAUUCACGUGAUUACUGACAUCAGAUGGACCAGGGCCUUUGUGGUGUCACAUUCCAUGAAUUUCAAAGGACACAUCCUAAGAAUGUGGAUAGAUUCUGGAAAAACCUCGCUAUACAGUUACUGAAGUGCCACUGACCAGUUGUUAUUACUGUAUCAUUAUUUAUAACUAUAUUAUUUGUUAACAAACCGCUGUUCCUUUCUUUCCACAAUGGCUUCAAUAAUUAAUCAAUGUCUCAUAAAUGUACCAAAAUGUUAACUUCCAGGAAAAGAGAGACAGGGAAGUAAGGAAAGCAUUGGAAAGGGAGGAGUUGAGCAGUGAAGAGAUAAAGGAGCUGAGAAGUACGAUUGCCCCAGUGGAAGCAAAGGAAGUGGUAGUUUACGAUUCUGGGGAUGAGGAUGCACGCUCUGACCUUCUACUGAAACGCAAGAUCAGUUUGGAGAGAGGCAGGAAAACAGCCAGGGAAAAUCAACGCAGGGGAAGUCGCCUGCUGGCUCUUCUUAGUGGUAAUAAGGCACCCAGUCAGCAAGUGUCUGUCAAAGACCUGAUGGAGCUGGCAAAAGAGAAUGUUCCACUGCCAGCAGCUAAGGCUCCAUCAGCUAGUCUGACCCCUCUGAGGUGCUGUACAACAUCUACUGCUGAUGCAGCCUUACGUGCACAACAAAAGAGGGGCAGGCUAGCAUUAACUAGAAAGCCUCAAACAAGCAUAGGUAAGUUAUCUUUGGGCCCAUCAAGUGAACGCAGCAACCUCAUGGUGGCUGCUGGGGCACUGCGCUCCUCACUGGUGGAGACUGAGGAUAGUUUAUCUAUGGCUGUUGACUCAUCACCAUUUCUCUUUCAGGGAGAUUUUACUGAUUAA